CAGCACAAGCGACGCGCGCCCCUCUGUUCUCACGGCAUUCCAAAGCUGACGGACUCUGAGGGAUGAGCUGGGAUGAGAGAGGGAUGCUAAGGAUAAUGUUUUCCUUCAGCACAGAAAACGGGCUGCCGUUCACCCCAGCAGACGAGCGCAAUAAUUCACCUCACUAAACACACAAAGGAGUCAAGCAGCGCCUUCACAGGGACAGACUUCGCUCUUUCUCGUCGGAGGUCAGCCGUUUUUAGCAGCUUACAAGGUGUAAUGUCUCAGUGAAUAUAAACCUCUGCUGACUGGAGCUGCUAAAGAAUAUUUAACAGCCGGUUCAUCCUCUGAUUGUGGUCAAACAGUUGACAGGUGAUGCCAGUAGAGCGGUAUGGACAGUUAUCAACGGUUACAGUGGCUAAAUCUAGGAUCGUAAACUGUUGAAACAGAAAAUAAACAUCUGCUAACUGCAUCAAUAUAUAUAUUGAAGACGGACUCCACUCUUGACCUUCAGACCACGUCACACUUGCCAUCAAUAAUGUCAGGUUAAGAAAGUCUGAAGUCACCACAGUGAGUGUUUCCCCAGAAGAGCAGUCUUUAGUAUUGCUGGACUUUCAUCGAGAUGUUCACCGCUCUGAAGAAGCUGGUGGGCUCUGAAGCAGGGCAGCUCAGGGAUAGAAAUAUUCCUGCCGGCCUGCAGUCCAUGAACCAGAGUCUACAGAGGCGUUUCGCCAAGGGCGUGCAGUAUAACAUGAAAAUAGUCAUCCGUGGGGACAGAAACACAGGUAAAAGUGCACUUUGGCACCGGCUUCAAGGGAAAAAGUUUCUGCAAGAGUACAUCCCCACACAGGAGAUCCAGGUCACCAGCAUUCACUGGAACUACAAAACAACAGAUGAUGUAGUGAAAGUUGAAGUCUGGGAUGUUGUAGAUAAAGCAGGGAAAGGGAAAAGACGCGGAGAGAAUCUGAAAAUGGAAAAUGAACCUCAGGAGUCGGAAACUGAGAUGGCUCUCGACGCAGAGUUCCUGGAUGUUUAUAAGAACUGUAACGGCGUGAUCCUGAUGUUCGACAUCACCAAACAGUGGACGUUUAACUACAUCCUGAGGGAGUUGCCAAAAGUGCCAACACACGUCCCAGUGUGUGUGCUGGGUAACCAGCGGGAUAUGGGCGAGCACAGGGUCAUCUUACCCGACGACAUCAGAGACUUCAUCAACAGUCUGAACAGACCGCCGGGCUCCUCCUACAUCCACUAUGCCGAGUCCUCCAUGAAAAACGGCUUUGGUCUCAAAUACCUCCAUCGCUUCUUCAACAUCCCAUUCCUGCAGCUGCAGAGGGAGACUCUGUUACGGCAACUGGAGACAAAUCAGCUUGACAUCGAUGCCAUGCUCGAAGAGCUCAGUGUCCAGCAGGAGACCGAGGACCAGAACUAUGACAUUUUUCUUGAGAUGAUGGAGGCACGCAAAGCUUAUGGCUCUCCGGCGCCAUCUAAUGGCCAGAGCCCAUCCUCGGGCUCCCAGUCCCCUGUGGUGCUGCCCGGAGCCGCCUCUCCCAGUAACUCCAGCCCCAGUACCCCUCAGGCCCCUGUCCCGCUCCAGACCCAAUCCACCCCUCCACCACCUCCAUCUAUACCUCAACCUCCCACCCAUGUUCCCCAGACACCAUCACAAACACCUCCUCCUGCUCAGAGACGAGGCUUCAUCUCACGCCUGUUCGGAUCGUCCGCUGCAGAGGCAGAGCCAGACAAACCAGAAUCUGUGGGCUCUGAAGAGACGAAGCCCUCUGGAAAGGUGCAGCGUGUGGAGGACUUUGUGCCGGAGGUGGGCAUGAAACGGACCGUUCUGGAAGAUGGUAGAACGGCAGUUAAAUCAGCAUCAGCUCCCAUCCUGGACAGUGAUAGUGAUGGUGAGGGACGGGGAAAUCCUCUGGUGUCUGGCUUCCAGGAUGAUUUAGAUCCAGAUGACAGAGCGCUGUCCCACACUGCCGUUAAAGCGGCAGUCCCGAGCAUGAGCGUCACACUCACGAGUGAUGAAGAGGAGGAAGAUUCAUCAAUGCCCUCUGCUGCCCAGCAAAAAGGCAUCGGCUCGGGCCCAAACUCAAAGAGUUCUAGAUCUGCAGUGAAUUCUGUCAAACAGCUGCAAACCAAGUCCAGACCAGCUGAGAGACCCCAAAGCCUGAAGACCCCAGCAGGAGCAGUGCAGCGACUGAAGACAGGAGGCGCUGUUGAGGCUCAGCAGAUGCUGUCAUUUGUCAUGGACGACCCUGAUUUUGAGAACGAAGAGUUUGAUGGACCCAAGAUCAAGAAGGGCACUUUUUCUUCACGAGAUGACUUAUCUGAGGGGUCGGAAGAUGGCUUUGUGUUAGCUGGACUCCCAGAGCCCUCCAAACCUGCUGCCCCCUCAUUUAAGACCCUCAGCAGUGACAUUGACCUGUUCAGCCUGGGGUUUGAAGAGACGACACCUAAGAGUAAAGACAGCAGUGAAGACCAGGAGGAUAAUGAAAGCAGACACUCCACAAAGGACAAGAAAAAGAAGAAAAAGAAAAGCAAAGAGGAGGAUGAGAAAAGCAGCAAGAAACGACACAAACACAAGAAAAAGGUAAAGGAUGAGGUGGGAACAGGAGACGAGAAAGAAAAGAAGAAGAAGAAAUCUUCAAGGACCAAGAAACCAGGAGCUGUGGACGAUCUUGAGGCCUUCCUGGCAGGUGGAGACGGACCAGGAAACAGUGAGGGCGGAGACUAUGAAGAGCUCUAACCAAUCAGGGUUUGACAUCCACGCCGUGUGACAUCGCCAGGUCAUUCUCCAAUCCAUUCCACCUGUUUCUCAGUGCCUAACCUUUUGAGUUUUCACAGUGUUUUUGUUCUUCCAGCAUUGCAGCUUUAUAAAUUGGUACGUGGCACCGUUGUUCACGCCAUGCUGUUUCAGUACUGUCAGAUAUAUAACUUUUAGAUGCAUUUUCAAAUGAUCCAGCAUUUAUUCAGUUAUUAGCUGAUUAGAACUCAAAGUCCUUCCACAAAUAUUCGAAGUCAUUUUAGCUUUGUUGGUUUUGUUUGUGUCUUUGUCAGUGUGUGUGUGUGUGUGUGUGUGUGUGGAAAUAUGUGUCCCUUAACAUUAUGGCAACUCUGUGUGUGCUUGCAUUUUAUUUAGCAAGUAUAUAGAUGGAUUAAUCAGACGUACAUUCAAAUCUACGUAACAUACAUGAGAAGAGCCCAUUUCUGUCAAAUUGUCAAAUAGCUAUUCACAUUUAAUUGAACAUUUAAUACUAGAUUUAAUACCAUAAGCCUCUUUCCCCAUCAGUUUCUUUCCAUUAAUGCCUUAACUUGUUUUACACCUAACAAAAUGAAAGCCUUUAUAGAGCAAUCCUAUAAAGUUAAUUAAUGACUGAGGCUCUGACAGACUGCUAACACUGACAGAAUUACUUUGAGCUAAAGAGACACACUCAUGCAGCAAUCACAGUCAGGUUUGCAACUAGAUAUAUCAUUAUAAUUACAACAAAGUUAGUCAGAUUGUCUUUUUGGCAAUUAUUUAUGCAGUUAUUAAACCAGUAUUAUUAUUUAUGAUCUUAAAAUGUGUUAAAAGUUGAUCACGGUCAAAAUUCUUCCUCUCAUGGUAUGUUUGUGAUGUCCUGUCUGCUAAAGGUAUUCAUUUCCUUUGCUGUAUAUCUUUAUUUUUGUUAUGGCUUGUGUAAAUGUUAGUAGUUGUGUAUAGGUCUUGUGUUUUAUUUGGUUCAGAAAUAGACAACCAAGAACAUUUGUAUCUGGGAUGUUGAGGCACCUUGAACAUCCUUUAUGUAUAACAGCAGCCUAAAUUACUAAAUGCAACUAAACAGAUCUAAAAAUCUUUUCCCUCAUAGUUACGCUUGUUUUGGUGACCUAAAGCAAAGAAGGUUGAGUUUUAGAAAAAUAAAAAAAAUCACAUUGAAGACAUACAAAUGUAAGACAUGAUGUAAAUGUAUUAAUUCUUGAGCAUAGGAUAGUGAAAGUAAAAUCAUAUUUUGAAUGCACACAUUUAUACUUUAUAAUAUCAGCCUAAAAUGUAAUAAUAUUUUGGCUUUCGAUGAUCCAUUAAUAUUUGAUGAAUGAAAGUUAUAUAGACAAAUGAUUGUUUACUCACCAUUCCUGAAUCUGGUUUACUGUACACAAACGAUUCAGGCUACAUUUACACGACAACAUUGUAGUCAAAAAAGGAAACAUUUUUCUCUUACGUUUUGAAAAAUUUUCACGUAUAUACAACAACGUUUUUUUAAAAAGAUUUGCGUUUACACAUAUUUGUGAAAACGCUGUAUUAUGUAUGCUAGGCCAGUAGUUAGCGCUGUCACCUUGUUAGUAAACAGUAUCUGUAGGAAAGUGACGAUUAUUUAUUGUAUAUGAUGCGUCUCCGCUGUUGGUUGUACUCAGGCGGCAAGGAAGUCGACCGGAAGUUGAAGUCGGCCGGGUGCCCCAUCUUGUAGCAGAACUUCACUUGCGUUAGCAUUCCCAUUGACUCCCAUUCAUUUUGGCGUCACUUUAACAGCGAAUAACUUUACAUCUGAGGCAUUUAAAGACUCCGUUUGUCCAUUAUUUAUUUCUAAAGAUACACGACAAAGUAUAAAGGGCUCCAUUACCUUCUAUGUUUUUGUAAAAAUAGGCUAACGAUUGCGUCAUAACCACUCUUCUCUCUGUCGCAUUACCGUACAGACAGGAGGAGAAGCUCGCAGGCAAUUAACUUAAUAUGGCGUACUGGCGUUACAUUUUAAAAUACUAUACAAAAUAAUUAAUCAGAAUACUUACUCCUGCUCACUCACGCCAAAGAACUUCCCGCUCAAGCUCGCCGUCUCUGCAAGAUUAACGAUGGCAGUUUGCACGCACAGCCACUUAGAAGAUUUACAUCUGCCAGACAGGUUGCUGACGACAUCAAGCUUAGUUUGAGUCUGCGCGUCAGAAACGGAAGUACUAAAAAACGCUAAAGAUGGGCUUCACUUGUCUCAGUUGAGUUCCAAUGGGGUCGCUGUGUCCAUUUCUUUUACUGUCUAUGAGUAAAUCCACACUUUGCUGAUGAAGCGUUAGCAAACUCUUGAGCAGCAACAACAGUACCAUGUACUCUGCCAUUGUUGUGUAUGUUUGUUCGCACUUGCCUUUAAAAUUGACAUGUACUGUGCUUGUUGACAUACCUAACACAUACUAUGCACGCACAUGAUGUUAUCAUUUUCAAAGAUUCCCGUUUUGGGUACGCUGUUGUCGUGUAAAAAGUUUCCAGUUUUGGCCUGAAAACGUUUUGUAAACGGCCGCUCAUUCUCAUCAUGUUUACUUCUCAUAUGCUUUUGUUUUCAUCAAGUAAUGAUAAAUGAUUACCAAAUAAUUCUGAGUUCUUACUUCAACGGUUGCAUCAAAUUGAAUGUGUAAUGACUAUUUACGUACAGUUUUACCAGUGAUUCAUUUGAUUUGUAUUUCAUUAACGAAUCCUAGUGUUUACUUGCAAUGCCUCCUUUAUGCUUUUUCAUUAGCAUUUAUCAGAUAUUGAUAAAUGAUUAGUAAAUAAUUUCCAGUGUUUGUAUUUCAAUUGUAGCAUCGAAUUGAAUGUGAAAUGAGCUUUUAUGCAAGAACGGAUUUACCAAUGAUUCAAUUCUCUUGUGUGUCAUAAUUGAAUCCCAUUGUUUACUUGCAAUGCCCCCACCCCCUUUGUUUUUUUUUUUGUUUGUUUUUUUGCUUAUGUUGUCAUCAUAGAUUGAUAAAUAACAAAAUAAUUUCAGGCUGGAAUAUGUUAUUCUAAUGAACUAUAAUGUCAUGGAAUCUGAUUGGCUCCGGCUUUAGUGGAAGAAUGACAUCAUCCAUAGUGUUGUGCACUUCAGACCCUCAUCAUUUCAAAUGGAUUUUCUAUUUUUAAAUUUUUAUUAUUGGGACAAAAUGACAAGGUACUUUCUGGCGAACAUCAGAAGGACUUGUUUUUGGUUUGAUGGUACUAUAAGCAUUCCCCUUGGCAUCCACCUUUGAACUUUUGGUUGUUUCGGUCAAAGAUGUCAAUCUGUCCGUUUGUACACUGUCCCGCUACGGCUUUCUCUCAGGAUACACAUUCACCCUGUUGACAACUGAAUGUUGAUUCCUGCUCGUAAAGAUGUUUUCCCAGAAUCCCCCAAGGAAUUGAAGGACAUCGCUGGGGCGAAUAGCCGGUAACUAACGGUACAUUUAAAGAAGUGCAGAUUCCCGUGUGGCUCUUGUGGCAGUCGUCUGCGUCUCUUAGGUGGCUGCAGAUGGAUCCACGCGCGCCGCUGAGAGCAUGUGAUGCAUCACGCUGUCACCAUGGAAGCACACGCCUGGGAAAACCAUCUCAUGCUCACUGUGAUAAAUAGUCUCGCGCUCCACUGUUAAUACUUUCACCCCAAACCAGCAGAAGUGUGCAGCUCGUACACAUGUCAGCUUCCUCUUUACUCUGGGCCCUUGAUUUAUUUAUUUAUUUAUCUGUUUGUUUGGCAUGCAUAUUUUUCCCACCGUAUGAGAAAAGGAGACAGGAAAUGAAUGCAUUGGUGCUGCACUAUAGCACUUCCUGUACAGCGUUUCACAAUGACUGCUUGCAUGGACCGGAAAUGUUUGGGAACGCUGUUUUUAUUUUAUUCAUACAGCAUAUUUGCAUUCCAGAGCAUUGGUUUGGGACCAUAAAUGAUUGUGUUUGCCUAUUUAUUGUUUUUGUUACCCUGUUUCACUACCCUAGUAUUCAUAUUGGAUUUAUGUGUUUCAGUUGUGUAAUAAAUGCAAGAGAAAUUUGACCAUGUUUGUAGGA